AUGUAUGUUACAAUUUCUUUAAUAUACACGACACUCGCGCUAGUGGGGUUGGGUUCAGCCCAUAGAUACGGAGCGGAUCCAAUGGCUUGUGACACUAUGAAACCAGGGCACGGUUCUAAUGUGCGGCAAACUCGGGCUACGCCUUACAUUAUAGACACAAACAUGGCGGGAUAUGUCCCAUGCGAGAAUGCACAACAGCGGGACUGCGGCGUUGUUGUUCGUAUCCGGAGUCGUAUCGGGGCAAUAAACGGGGGCCAGUUUAAGGGCUUCCUGUUACAGGCGCGGACCAAGACGGCGGACGGACAGCUCCAGUAUGUGGGCGAGUACAGAUACACGAACGGGCAGGCUGUCACAGCCCGUAACAACGCCAACCAAAUGAUGAACAACCAGGCCCGUAUGGCCGGCCAGUUUGGUGCAGGUGGUGGUAAUCCCUUCGGCCGUAAGAAGCGACAGGUCGGGCCUCCCGGAUUUCCUGGCGGUGGACCCGGUGGUCCAGGGAACUUCCCCGGAGGAGUGCCAGGCGGUCAGGGUUUCCCAGGGAACCAGUUUACUCAAGGAAUGAAUGGCGUUGGAAACAACCUGAACAACAUCAUAAAUAACGUACAGGUACAGCGGAUGCAGUGUGUCAGAGGCUCGGCGGUCACCCACACUGAAAGCGGGAUCAAACGAGGUAUCACACUGAUCUGGGUCCCUCCCGUGGGCUUCCAGGGUGGCAUACAGUUUGUGGCGACGGUUGUUCAGGACUUCAACACGUUCUGGAUGGGUCAUAGGUCACGGGAGCUCCGCCCUAGACGCGCUCUUAGAAACAGACCCGGUGGUGGACUAGCUAACACUGCCCGUUGGUUUGUGAACAGUGGAUCGAAGGCCUCUUCAAGCCUCGUUCUCGUGUUGACUUCGAUGAUAACUGUUGUCUGCUACCUCUUCAAAUGA